AUGAUCGACGUGAGCGACGCUCGAGAGUACAAUAGACGUUACGAUAAGCAAAAUAUAUACAAUUUAUUGAACGAGCAAGAAAAUGAAUUUGAGUACAAGUUGAAAAAACAAGAAAGCAACCAAAAACAGACCAAUAUUUCAUCUGUACAAUCCUUCAGAAAUGCAACAACGACAUCCAAGAUUAGCGAUCAAAUGAUUACUAAAUCACUAGAAACAAAAGAUUCUAUAAUAACACAAAAGCCUUCUGCAAUUACCUCUAUUAACGCAAUUUCAUCUACGAUUAAAUCAACGCAGCCAAUCUCACAACAGCAACUGUCGAAAGCUGUGAACAUGAAAAAACAAAUCGAAUUAUCACAAUCUACCACUGCUACACCUGUGAAGAAUCUUAAAAAUAAUCGAGAAUCAAUCGGACUAGUAGCAUAUGGUAUCUAUCGUUCUCGACCUUAUUACACACCAUUGGAGAGACGCUUUCGAACUCAAAAUGGUUAUGAUGAUGGAUACCUCAUCAAAAUAUUCCAGGACUAUGAUUACGUGAUUUUGACACAGCUUCUGGACACGAACUCAUUUGAUCCGUGGAGUAUUAGAGCUCCAUCUGGCAGUAAUGUCGUUAUCAUGAAUGAGAAGUAUCUUAACGGCGGUACAGGUGGUAUUCAAUUGAUAAGCAUUGAUAAACUUCGUACAUUGUUGAGGAAUCGGCACUUACACAAUCGAAAAGCUGAAUAUAUUGUUGAAGAAAUGAGAUUAUUGAACGAUUACCCGACAAAAAAAUUCCCCAUUCGUUCAUGA